AUGGCGCCUCCGCGACGAACCCCACGCGAUUCAAGUGGUCGCUUCGCGGCAUCCGAAGAUGUCUUUUCCUACCACACCGGCAACGUCAAGGUGAAGACUGGGCAGAGUGGCCGCAAUGCUAUUGGUGCUACAGAGAAUGCUCUGCUCUUGGCGGAAAUCUUCAAGAAGCUCAUUGAUGCACACAUUCCCCAGAGCUGUGUCAGAAGGCCAGCUCCAUCCUUACAUCCAUGGGAGUACGAGCGGCCUGACACACCCGCGGAGGGCUUCGUCCCAAUCCAAAUUGUCGCCGACAAGUUGACCCAUUUGGGUCAGCCUUGGAAGCCGCUGACAGUCAGUAACGGGCAUAAAUGGCCUCCGGUCAUUUCCGCAGAGGAUGCUCGCAAGCUUCGCUGGGAAAGCUAUGAUCAGAUUGGCCAGCCUUCCCAGGACAACUAA